GUGGGUAGAGCAAAAAUGACUGCGUUACAGCUGAAAGAAUUAUCGCAUUCAGGUCUGUACAGGAGGCGACGGGACCGUCCAGAUAGCCUAGGUCUUCAAGGGUUACCUGAGCAGAAGCUGAGCAACAUGGCCAACGCUCUGGCCAAUGCCAUGUGUGAGCGCUGCCGGGGAGGUUUUGCACCUGCGGAGAAGAUUGUGAACAGCAAUGGCGAGCUGUAUCACGAACAGUGUUUCGUGUGUGCCCAGUGCUUCCAGCAGUUCCCCGAAGGGCUUUUUUAUGAGUUUGAAGGAAGGAAAUAUUGCGAACAUGACUUUCAGAUGCUUUUUGCUCCUUGCUGCCAUCAGUGUGGGGAGUUCAUUAUUGGUCGUGUUAUUAAAGCUAUGAACAACAGCUGGCACCCAGAAUGUUUCUGCUGUGAUAUCUGCCAACAGGUAUUGGCAGACAUUGGGUUUGUGAAGAAUGCUGGCAGACACCUUUGCCGUCCUUGCCACAAUCGGGAGAAAGCCAGGGGCAUGGGCAAAUACAUUUGCCAGAAGUGCCAUGCUAUCAUCGAAGAACAACCCCUCAUCUUCAAGAAUGACCCUUACCACCCCGAUCACUUCAACUGUGCCAAUUGCGGAAAGGAACUUACUGCUGAUGCCCGAGAACUGAAGGGGGAGCUGUACUGCUUGCCUUGCCAUGACAAAAUGGGUGUCCCCAUCUGUGGAGCAUGCAGGAGGCCAAUUGAAGGACGAGUGGUGAAUGCUAUGGGCAAACAGUGGCAUGUGGAGCAUUUUGUUUGUGCGAAGUGUGAGAAGCCAUUCCUAGGCCACCGUCACUAUGAGAGGAAGGGGCUGGCGUACUGUGAGACCCAUUACAACCAGCUCUUUGGUGAUGUUUGCUUCCACUGUAAUCGUGUGAUUGAAGGAGAUGUUGUGUCGGCAUUGAACAAGGCAUGGUGCGUGAACUGCUUCGCGUGCUCUACUUGCAACACUAAGUUAACACUCAAAAACAAGUUUGUGGAAUUUGAUAUGAAGCCUGUCUGCAAGAAGUGCUAUGAGAAGUUCCCACUGGAGCUCAAGAAGCGACUGAAGAAAUUGGCUGAGACGUUGGGAAGAAAGUGAGGUCCUCCUCUCCAGAUCUCAUCUUGCUGUGCAAAGUUUAGGAAGUGCUAUUACAGACUUAUUUUUGUUGAGUCUAUGAAACCCAAGUGCAAAAAAGGAGAGUAUUCCUCUGCAUGACUAGCUUCAUAUUAAAAUGUUUGCCUCACUACCUUGACAGUAUACCUCUAAAAACUCUUGACAUGUUAUGUAACCUCAUAUCCAACCAUUUAAAUUCUGAAUUUUACACGUAUAUAAAUUUGUAGAUAUAUACAUUGUAUAUUUGCUUAGUAAGGGGCAACUGAAAAAGGUCCCAGUCGGUGCUGAAUAGCCUAAUUUAACAUAUCUAGCAGAUCGCCUCACCAAAUAGACCAAACCUCAUUUUACACUAAACUCUGGCAUAGUUUGUUUUGCCAUGCAAGCGAAGCACAUGGUUCAAGCAAAUACCCUGAGGCUGCAAUUCUAUACAGACUUACCCAGGAGUAUGUACCAUUGAAUUAUGUGGGACUUCUGAGUAGACAUAUGUAGGAUUGCACAGCUAAACCCCAACAAGAGUGUUUGGCUGGCUUGUGGCAGUAGAAUUGAAUUGCUUCAGACACAUAGACAUUCUAUGUAGACAUUCUACAUAGACAUUCUACCAAUGUUCUUGUGGCAUAAGUGAGGGAUUAGAGGAUUCUAGCUGAUGAAGUACCUUUUCCUUUGCUGUGAGCCCUGAUAUACAUUAAAAAUUAUGAGUCUAAUGCACACACUUCAUGUUUUUGAGGCAAGGAGUUAUUGUUGCUUGAAGUCUGUUUGCGAACUAAUGAGAAAUGACAUUCACAUUUGCUGUUGCCCUGAGGAAAGCUUUAAAAAACAAAACGAACUAGCGUUCUCAGCCUUAGAAGUCCAUAUUCUGCCAGGAAGCCUUCUUGAUCAUGCCUGCUAACUUACCAGAAAGAACUCUAAAUAUCCAAGACUGCAGUCUUAGAUCCACUCAUCUGGAAGUAAGCCCUAGUGAACUGAGUGGGUCUUACUUUUGAGUAGACGCAUCUAGAAUUGCAUUGUAAAUUACAGAGAUUCCAUUCUUCACAGCUCCUUGGAUGUGAACCAUAACGAAGCCUAUACAACAAAUGCUUUGUUCGGAGAUUAAUAGCGUUUGUAAUUAAUUGGUGUGAGCAGAGUCUUGGCUGUAGUUCUCAAAGAACUACAGAAAGACAACUCUGGAAUGCAUCAUUUGAAGACUGUAGCUCAGAGCUGGAAACGGCAGCAUAAUAGUUCUAUAUCGCAAGAAAUAUGUCUACUUGAAUUUUGUGGAAUCCUUCUAUGUAACAGAAAUAUUCCUCUGUGCUUUUGUAUUUCAUUUCCUUGUUGUGCCUUAUUCUGCCAUACUUAAGCAAUAUUAGUCAAAAUAUGUACCCUUUGUAUACUGUUAUUUUGUAUUUUUAUGCAGAAAAUAUAUGCCCAGUAUUUGAAAAGGUUAAGCAUUUUUAAGAUUUGGUUUUUUUCUAAUGAUGGAAGAUGCUUGAGUUUUUCAAAAACACAUUUUCCGACUCAGCUUAGUUAUUUUAAAAGAGUAUCUGAAAUAGAAAUCUGAAAGCAUCCCGGUUCCAACUGAAUGCCUGUUGUGCCACUAGGUCAAUAAAAUACACUAACUACUUGCAA